CCUUAUCACCACCCACCCGAAGCGAUACGAUAAUCAAUCAAAUCACCCCCAAGAUUCCCGAUCCACACGCGCCGCUCCUCCGCGUCUGUCGCGUCACAUCAUUUCUGCACUCCUUCUAACGAACAGAGGCAAAAAAAGUCCUUUUUUUUACGAACCACACCGCAUACCACUUAUACCCUCACAAAUCAAUCCUCAUCUUUACUCGCGCUCAAUCGACAACCCCAAGAACAAGAGAUCAGAAACGCAAAAAGAAAAAAAGAACCAUGCCCCGAAAAUCAACCAGCAGCAGCACACCCGGCGACGACGGCGGACCAGAACAGUCCCAAUCCCAACAAAUACACUCCCAAUCCCCUUCAGACAUCGUCCACCUCCCCGAAUCGACAGGCCAAAUGGUCGAAGCGACAGAACAACAACUCAAGGCGCGGGCAGAGGGGGGUGUGAGUAUUGAGGACUACCUUCUCCCCCGUUCCCUCACCCUCCGACUAGCAAAAUCCGUUCUUCCCCCGAAUACAUCCAUACAGAAGGAUGCGGUAUUGGCGAUUCAGAAGGCCGCGACGGUGUUUGUCUCGUAUUUGUCGUCGCAUGCCAACGAAGCAACCCUCAAACGAACCGUCGCGCCGUCAGACGUCUUCAGCGCCAUCUCGGAAUUAGAGUUCGAUGGGUUCCGUACGCGAUUGGAGCAGGAGUUGGAGGCGUUUACGGAGUUGAAGGCUGGGAAGAGGAGGGCGAAGAAGGGGGAUAGUGGUACUGCUGCUGCUGCUGCUGCUGCCGCAGAGGGAGUUGGGAAAAGUGGGGAUGCCGAGGAAGAGGAGGAGGAGGAUGGGGAUAGAGGGGUGAAGAGGGUGAAGCGGGCGGAGGGGGAGAAGAAGAAUGGUAUUGGUGCUGGGGGGGAGGAAGAGGAGGGGGAUGAGACGCAGGAGGAACACGAGCAGGAACAGGAGCAGGAAGAUGAAGAGGAAGAGGAGGAGGAAGAGGAAGAAGAUGACGAGGAAGAAGAAGAAGAAGAACAUAAGGAUGACGAGGAUGAUGAUGGGGAUGAUUCGGACAGUGAGGAUGAGGAUGGGCCUGGGAGUCAGCUGCGAGGGGAUUUGGGACUGGGUUAAGUUGUGUUCAUGAUGAUUAUGUGUGUAUGGUAUGGUAUGUCUUUGUCUCUGUUUACGGCUGAUGGUUAUGCGGCAACGAAACGGAUUGUUGCAUGAUAUCACUUCUACUCCAUAUCCAAUGUACAAUGUGUUGAUACCCAAUUCAACUUCAGCACAACCAGCUGCUCAUUAUAUUCACCACGUGGGGACUCCCUGAACUCCGCACUCAACGCCCAUAAGGGCUUGCCUAAUGUUGUACAAUCAUCGGUGCAGU